UUAGUUCUGUGUUGCCUAGUUACACGAUUCUUCUGUAUCUAUUUCGGAUUAUCGGUUGGUCUAUAAAUAUGUAAUCUUGGAGCUCACAUUCCUCGCAAUCUCUCACACCCACUCGUCUAAAUUCCCUUGUCUUUCUUUUCUCUCUGAUGUUUUUUGGUUUUCUGCAACUGAAAAGCUUGCUUUGAGCUAGAGAGGAGAGAAAUUUGGGUGGAGUGAUAAUGAGGAGUAACAGUUCUCCGGAUAAACUUGACCGCAAAACGAUUGAGAGGAACCGAAGAAUACACAUGAAAAGUCUCUGCUUCAAGCUCACUUCUCUUGUCCCUCCCCACCACUUCAAACCAUCCAAGGACAUGCUAUCACAACAAGAUCAGCUUGAUCAAGUCGCUACAUAUAUCAAGCAAUUGAGAGAUAGAGUACAGGAAUUAGAGGGGAGGAAGAUUAAGCUAUCAUUGGGCACUAGUGGGAGUAAAAAUAAUACAAAAGAUUCGAUUAUGACUGGCUCAAGACUGCCGGUGGUAGAACUGCGAGAAUCGGGAUCAACUCUAGAAGUAGUUUUGAUAAGUGGAUUGGAAAAGAACUUCAUGUUGUAUGAAGUCAUUAGCAUUCUUGAAGAUGAAGGAGCUGAAGUUUUGAGUGCUACCAUGUCAACCGUUGGUGAUAAGGUUUUCCACACUGUCCAUGCUCAGGUGAGAAUUUCUAGAUUUGGCGUGGAGACUGCAAGGGCAAGUCAGAGAUUGCAAGAAUUGGUUUGUUGAAUAUUUUUUCAAAGUUUUUUGAGUAACUGCAGGAUGAAGAGCUCCACCAGAAGGAUUUGUUCCCAUUUUAUGGGUUUUUUAUCCUAUCCUGCAGAAAAUCAAUGUACCAAAUGUACCAAAGAAGGGAUUUUUAUCUGGUUGUUACUGUAGACUCUAAAGGCAAACCAUAUAUAGUUCUAUUGAAGCCGUAACAAUGAGCAUAUUUGUAUUUUUCAGAUUUGAAUGAAAUAAUUAAGUUGAAUCUCACUAACUUUUCAUUUCUCAAUUCCUGUCUUUUAGGCUUUUAUCUUUUGAGAAAGCUAGCUAGGUGACCUACAGCUAUGAGAAUGUACUAGUUCUAGA